CCUUGUUCAAAACACAGAACCGACCGCUGAGUAGCGUUCCUGCUACAACGGUAUCGCUGCAAUAAUCUGGAAAAGACACAAAGAAGGCCUGUAAACGGCAUCCAGUUCUUAUAACUUCCACAAUGGCAGAAGGAGGAGAUGUGGAGUGGGAGCUAAGCAAGGAAAACAUCCAGCCACUGCGUCGCGGCAGAGCCAUAUCAGCCUUACAUCAGGCGCUCAGUCAACAACAGGAUGGACUCAGCUCUGCAAUCAACCAGCAGCGACAGGCCUUUGAGUCUGAAUUGCGGAUGUAUGAGGGAGAUGAUCCACUUGAUGUUUGGGAUCGGUAUAUUAAGUGGACAGAGCAGACCUUCCCUCAGGGGGGCAAGGAGAGCAACCUCUUCACACUGUUGGAACGAGUCGUGACCAGAUUCACAGAGGAAAAGAAAUAUCACGACGACCCUCGCUAUGUUGACCUCUGGAUCAAAUUUGCAGAAAAUUGCCCAGAGCCCUUGGACAUUUACAGGUACAUGCAAGCACAGGGAAUAGGAGUGAAACAUGCAUCCCUCUACAUUGCUUGGUCUGAAGAAUAUGAGAAUCAGGGCAACUGUCGCAAAGCAGAUCUGGUUUACCAAGAGGGAUUCAAGAAAUGCGCAGAGCCCCAUGAUAAGCUCCUGCAGUUUCACAAGGCUUUGCAGGCACGUGUGUCACGACAGGUGAUGAUGAAUGUGGAGGAGGACGAUAGUGACGAUGAGCCUAAACAACCUGAGAGAGUUUCUUUAGCUGACCUCAAACAUAGGGGGAAGAAAAAGGCCAUCGCCCCCAUCAACAGAGUUGGGUCUGCAAUCAGAAGUAUUUCUGGAGGCCUGCAGUCACACGGCGCACCUGUCCUUGGCAAUGUUUCAAACAGUCGGUUGGUGAUCUUUGACGAGAGCAAGGCUCAGAGUGCCGGCCCUUCAGAGCCUAGGUUGGAGUCCUGGGUGGCCCCUCCCACUUCCAGAGCAAAGGAGAAUGAGCAGAAGACGGAAAAAUGGUGUGAUGUCAAGAUGCCCCAGAAGACCAAAUUCGGACAUACUGUAAUGGCCCCACCACCUCCCAAACCCACCUUCCAACCAUUUGUUGAGGAGUCAGACCAGCCUCCAACAAUGACUCCUUGUAAGAUCAACCCGGCCGUGAACACAGUUUUAUCAGCACGUAAGCCCUGCAGAGAGGAAACUCCUCUAAAGAGACUACAGGAGCACCAUCAGCAGCAGAAGGAAGCAGAGUCAGGAAAACUACAGGAGCAAAGCAUGUACUGUAAAGAGCUGUUGCUCAGCGGCGCCACAGAAUUCUGCUUUGAGGAGCUGCGCGCUGAACGCUACUUCAAAAAAAUGACACAGGAGGUCAGAGGUCAAAAGGAUCAAGCUAGUGCCAGUGUUUCAAACUGAUGCAGUUGCACUGAUGAAGAAGACUGACUUUUUGAUUGCUCUUUUCUUUUUUUAUAUGAAUUUCUACCUUAAUUUUUUAUCUGCAAGUAUCAUGUAGUUACUGCUAUGUUUUGUUUGUUAUCCUGCUGUAAAUAUUUUGCUUGUAGAGAUCCAGUUACUCAGAAAGGUAAGAAGACAAGAGGGGUAAACCUUUUUAGAAACGCUUAUUUUUGUUGUGUUGGAUUCAUUAUAAUAGUGCAGGGGGACCAAAUAACACCCGUACAAUUUAAUUUAAUCCAGUACAAAAUACCACAAAAUUGACAAUAGUGUGGAAUUAACAUGUACACAAACAACAAAACAGGCUUCACAGCAGUUCUGAAAGACCUGCUGGAUUGGAUUUAUACUGUUACGUGUCUACACCUUGUACUUUGUAAAUACUAACACGUUUGAUCACAACUCAAGUCUCUAGUGCAGAAAUACGACUUACAUUUAUUACUAAUUUCCUAAUUACUCUGUUUAUUUCUCUUAAUUGCAUUGUUCUUCAGAACAGUGUUUUUUUAUGUGUGCUGUCUCUUUGAAACUACAGUUGGUAACUUUUAUUAAAAUAACUCAUAUUUGCUGAAAUUGUCACUAUAUUCUGAAAGAAGUACAUGAGACGGAUAGUAUAUGAAAACAGAUGUGCCUCCUUCUUUUCCUACUGCUUCUAAUGGCAUUCACUAUAAUCUACACAUCUGUCGGGACACACCGAAAACCAGCCAGAGCUGAGGAGUUUCUAACGGAGCUGUUAGUCCUGUCAAUCACUGCUCGAGAACUUGUGUCAAACCAACUACUAUUUCUUCCCUCAAAUGUUUUCAGAAAACAUAUUUUAGUGCACUGUGUAGCUGUAAAAUGAGAACAUUUGUGACCCAGAUGAAAGCAAUUGACCAGAGUACCAAGCACUGCCACUAGCCAGACCAACUUUCUUGUUUUACAACUAAACAGUGCACUGAAAUAUGUUUCUGAAAACAUUUGAGGUGAGAAAUAGGCAAUGCAGGUACAAAAUCUUGAUUCAUAUUUGAUCAGCGCUGCCCAGGUUAGCAGUUUGACCGCAGUUGUUGACAGCUGCGUUAGACCCUCCGCAGCUGUAAUUAGUUACUUUUAAUUCACAUGCAGUAAGACCAUCCUAAUGAUGUGAGCUCAACAUUCUGUUUUGCUGUCUGUAUCAGUCUGGAUUCAGUACUCCCCCAACACUUUCCAAAAAUUAAAAUUAAAUCGGAGCCAAUCAGGGAUUUGCACCGUAGUUGACAAUGUAAGCAGCCAAUCAGGGACUGCGUCGUAGUUGACAAACUGAUACAGAGAGCGAAACAGAAUGUUGAGCUCAUGUCAUCAGGAUGGUCUAAUCACGCUACAUUAGAAGUGCUACAAGGCAAUCGAGUAUGAUUUUUUUCACUUAUUUGUCUCAUUUAUUGCUGUGUAAAUAUAGUUUCAGCAAAUGUGACGAGUUUGGGUUUUUUUAAAAUAAAAGUUACCAACUGCAGCUUUAAUUUGAUCUAUUUUGUCCACUAUUUCUUUAACAGAUGCCUCAGUACAUUCUGAUUGUCCCAGUCUGACUGAAAAGUUGCUUUUUGGCCAUGUGACACUGGUGUUCAAUAAACGUGUUAAAUGUCUGGCU